AUGUGUGAGACAGAACUUGCUGUGUCUUGGGACAAGUUAUGUUUCCAGAACUCAACCACUUCUGCAUCAAAGCUCUGGGCUUGUGGAGAUUAUAUUGACAAGGAGCUGCCAACUCCUCCAAAACCAUCCCAAGAGUGUUACACUGUUGUCCAAAUCAUUGGGGUGAAUUACGUCUGUGAAAUCAAUAAGGGAAUCAAAGCCACAAUUGGUACGCAGAAGCUUGUCAAUGUUGCUGCUGCAUGUGGCCGCCCCCUUGCUCCUAGUUCGCAAUGGGAAAAACUGACCAUGGUUGUGGCGAGGAUCGCCCCUGAUUAUGAUGGUGGUGGUGAUGAUGAUUUUGAAAAAGAACUUAGGUCGGAAGGAAAACUUUACAGUGUGGAAGCCAACACAGAAGAGGUCAAGGCAUUUGUGAAACCCAACUUUGAACAUGAAAAAUGGGCACAAGCCGCUCACCUGCCUAGCUUUGAGGAGUACAUGGAGGUUGCUGAGGUGGAGAUCACACCGUAUGUAGUUUUGGCUGGUUGUUUUAUGUGUCUAGGAAAGAUGGCUACCAAGGAAGCUUACAAGUGGCUUAAAUCGAGACCAAGACUGGUCAAAUCUGUAUGUGUUAGAGGCCGUCUUAUGAAUGAUAUAACCGGUCUAAAGGAGCUCUUGACGACAACUGGUGUGUCAUGUUUGGUUCUCAAGACAAUAAUGGGUCUUGCACAAUCAAUCAGCGUCUUUUACAAUGGAUAUGAAGGAUUCACUUUUCCCGAAGGAAAAAUCAAGGAGUACAUGAAUUCUAUGUUUGUCAAUCAGAGUAGUCUUUAG